GCUGGCUCCUCUCUCGAUCCAUGUACAGUGCCAGUACUAUAUCAUCGGCCAGUACGUACGCAGCCGGCCGGCCGGAGAGAUGGAAGACGGUCAUGAUGAGGAGAUCCGCAGCAGCAGCAAUUGUAGUAACGACCUCCUUCUCUACUGCGACGAAGCCCCAUUCGCCGCCGAAGACGACUUCUCACCAGUACCCCCGGCGGCGGCCAUCGUCGAUUGUGACGAUGCGGUGGAUGAAUUGAUGAGGGAGUACAAGGCGAAGGAGAGAUGCUUUGCUCCGGCCGCAGGCGGCGGCUACCUCCGCCGUCUCCUCCAUGACUGCGGCGGCGGGGGCGAGGGAGGAUUGUCGUCGUCAGUGUCAAGCGCCAGGUCCAAAGCCAUACACUACAUCCUCUACGCAUAUGGGCGGCUGGGAUUGGCGGCGGCGACGGCGUUCAACGCGGCCAACUAUCUCGACCGCUUCUUGGCCAUCAACUGCCACCUCAGUUGGGAGUUGUGGAUGGUGGAGGUGGUGAGCGUGGCUUGCCUCUCGGUUGCGUGCAAGCUGGACGAGGUCAACAUACCGCCACUCCACCAUCUACAGAUGGAGGAGGUGCUGCGGCAUUCGUUCCGGGCGUCGACGGUCCGUGACAUGGAGCUCACGCUGCUCAAGGCGCUCCAAUGGCGCCUCGCCUGCGUCACCCCUUACUCCUACCUCCAACUACUCCUCCUUCCCACUGCAUCUCCAGCUGAUCGCUCUCUCUGCACCCGCCUCCUCCUCCGAUGCCUCUCCGAGCCUUCGUUCCUCCGGUUUGACGCCUCCGUGGUCGCCGCCGCGGCGCUCAGGUGUACUACCGCUGCUGCUGCCAGUAAUCUCACCAUUCCUGCUCCACUCUCCACCCAAUUGGGCUAUGAUGAUCAGGCCGAGGAGUGCUUCAAGAUGAUGAAGAAAUUAGCGUUACUCGAGCUCGACUCAAGCAGCAACAGCAGCAGCAGUUCGCAGCGGGAAGAUCAGAACUACACUGCUGAGAAUGCUGCUAAUCACCUGCAAGGGACCAUCGGCAGUACUCCUCCCAUCUCAGUGACCGAUCCGUUCCAGAAUACAACCGAGGACGACGACCGUUCCUGCAGUACUAGUACAGUGAACAACAGGUCAUCGGCGGUUAUUGGCCGCCGGCGCCGCUUAUUUGGCGCGCCAGACAUUGAAUUCCACGAAGAUGUAUAAUUAAAUUGAACCACGUACGUACGCAUGAAAGAGAUGAUCUCACUCAAAACACACACACACACACACAAGAAGAAAAUUAUACUAAGCUGAUUGAUACCAUUAGUUAACUGUUAUCGUCGUUUGUUAACUGUGUACUGUAGCUAAUCCGGCACAUUAAUUCCGGCCGCUUUGUACGUUGCGCAAUACUACUCCAGUAUAUAUGUACUGCAAGCA